UUUAUAUAUUGUUCCCCAUCUCCCGCCGAAUUGUUUAGGCUUUACUUCUCUCGCUCAAUUUCGUAACCACAUCAGCUUCUUACUCGCAGUUCACCGGCGGCUUAGGGAUGGGGAAGGGGAAGAAGAGAGCUAGGUCAGGACCACCUGGUUCCACCAACCAUCCCAGCAACAGAUACUCCGACAACCCACCGGACUUCGCUGUCUUGGCCUCUCUUUACCCUUCUUUCAAGCCCUUUGUUUUCUUCUCCGGUGCUCGUCCCCGCAUCGACUGGACCGAUUACAACGCCACCCGCGAGCUCACUCGUAUCCUCCUUCUCCACGACCAUUCCCUCAACUGGUGGAUUCCGGACGGACAGCUCUGCCCGACUGUUCCUAAUAGAUCCAACUACAUCCAUUGGAUCAAUGAUCUUUUGUCCUCUGAGAUCAUUCCAAGUUGUUCUGGAAGCAAAGUUAAGGGCUUUGACAUUGGUACAGGGGCCAAUUGCAUCUAUCCCCUCCUCGGUGCAUCCCUUUUUGGUUGGAUUUUUGUCGCCUCAGAUGUUACUGCCGUAGCUCUAGAAUGGGCUGCCAAGAAUGUUCAAAGUAAUCCCCAUAUUUCAGACCUAAUCGAGAUCAGAGACUCCAAACCUCUUCCAGAUCAUUCCUCUGAGUCCCAUGUCCCCGAGGUUGUAGAUAGAGAGAGUCAGAAGCACUCUAGUCAAACGAUACCUGCAGAAGAAACCACCACGCUUCACUCUGAUUCUCUUGAUGAUGUCAACAAGAGCUAUAUGGGACCACCCAUACUCCUUGGCGUUGUCAAGGAAAAUGAAACAUUCGACUUCUGUAUGUCCAAUCCUCCCUUUUUUGAGACCUUUGGGGAAGCAGGCCUUAACCCUAAAACUUCAUGCGGUGGAACUCCUGAGGAGAUGGUUUGCAAUGGUGGGGAGCAAGCUUUUGUGACCCGUAUUAUCCAAGAUAGCAUUAUACUGAGGCAAAGAUUCAGGUGGUACACUUCAAUGCUUGGAAAGAAGGCUAACCUCAAACUCUUGAUAUCUAAGCUUUGGGAAGUAGGGGUGACAGUUGUAAAGACCACUGAAUUUGUCCAAGGCCAAACAUCCCGUUGGGGCCUCGCUUGGUCCUUCAUACCCACAGCUAGGAAGAUUAUAUCACCUCCUGUAGCCAAAAAGAGCAUUUCUUCAUUUAUGCUUGAGGGCAUUACACGGCAGUACAGUGCUGCAGAUGUGCUGCAAUCAGUUGAAGAAUUCUUCAAGAGCUGUGGUGCCUCGUGCAAAUUAAACUCAUCCACAUUUUCUGUUGACAUUGUUGCGUCCAGUGACCAGUGCAACAUAAUAUCAAAGAAUGGCAUCAGAGAUGUGGAAACUGUAAGAAGCCACGGAUAUGAAAAACAGUCCCUGGAUAGCUCCAGUUUGCAAGUCCCUGAAGAUAACCUAUCUUUCCGCAUCUUGGUGUUCCAGCAGAUGCCAGGAACUUUGCUUAUAAAAGGAUCAUUACAGCAGAAAGAUAGUCCCCUCUCAGGAUUGUUCUCAGUUGUUUUCUGUUCGUUGGAAGAAAGUAUGAAGUCCAAAUUUUGCCGGUAACCAGUUUCAGGGUAAAAUGAUACAAUUCCUCCCAACAGAGCAAGCAGAAAUCUAUCAUCGAAUUUUGUUGUGGAUAAAAAGUGUUGUUGCAUAGCAGAGCGCUCGUGUUUGUCAACUGCAUAUAUUAACUAGAACCAAGACUUGAAAAGGCCUACCUUGCCGGGAAAGCUACACAUAGCCAAGUUGGAUCACCCAAAAGUAGUUAAGGAGAGAGAGAGAGAGGGGGUUCUUCACUUCACGGGAUAAAGCAAGCUACUUUUGCUUUUCUCUCCAGUUUCUCUAUU